AUGACAACUACCCGCAAAUGCGCCGCCGUGGUCGUAGGCGCUGGCCCAGCCGGCGUCGCAGUCGUCGGCAACCUCCUCGAGCGACAACUAGGCUCAAUAGCCUGGAUCGACCCCAGUUUUGAGUCAGGCCGAGUGAACCGCAAAUACCGCGAGGUCCCCAGCAACACCAAGGUCUCCUUUUUCCAGUCCUACGCCACAUCCCUCCAACCCUUCCGGACCAUCAUCGAAAAUACCCCGCGCCCAAAUGCCUUCACCACCAUGGCGAAACUGGACCAGGAAAAGACCUGCCACCUACACUACGCCGCUGACAUGAUCCGCGGUCUUACGAACGGUCUUGUCAAGAUGGAGCAGGUCUAUGCUUAUCAGGGCUUCGUCACCGCUGCCACUUUGAACUCAAAGGUAGGCCGCCCUCCCUGCGAGACGGGACGCGAGACCAGAAGGUCACAAUAUCAAAAAGCACCGCUAACAAUGACAUCACAGCCGGACCAACCCAAAUGGACUGUCCGCAUCAAACAAUCCUCCAACAACGGUUCCGAAGACCUCGAAAUCGAAACAUCCCGCCUAAUCCUCUGCACAGGCUCCCACCCAACAAACCUCCCCGUACCAAUCCCAGGACUAGAAAUCCACAACCUAGACCUAGACACCGUUCUAAAACCCUCCCUUCUCUCCGAAACCUUGCCCACCACAAAGCCCACCACAGUUGCCGUCGUCGGCGCCUCCCACAGCGCUAUCCUGGCCCUGCUAAAUCUCGUCACGCUAGCCCAGUCUUCUCACCCGCACCUACGCGUGAAAUGGUUCACCCGCCAUAAGCUCCGGUAUGCGGAGUUCAUGGAUGGGUGGAUAUUGCGCGAUAAUACGGGGUUGAAGGGACUUGCGGCGGAUUUUGCGCGUACUCAGCUUGAAGAGGGUGUUUUGGCGGGCUCGGAUGCGGGGAAGAUUGUUAGUAAGGUUGAUUGUGCGGGUGGUGAGGUGAAAGAGAAGGAUAUGUAUCGGGUUCAUUUGCCUGGUUGUGACUAUAUUACCCAAGCUGUUGGGUUUACGAGGGAUCCGUUGCCUAAGUUGGUUAAGGGGGAUGGGGAUGAGGCGAAGCCGUUGAGUAUGGAGUUUGAUCAUGAGACUGGCGCUUUUCAUGAGAGUGCCCCAUCCGAGGAGAAGAUUCCUGGUCUGUUUGGGGCUGGGAUUGCGUUUCCUCAGCGGGUUGUUGAUCCGUAUGGGAAUGUUGAGUAUGCGGUGGGGUUCUUUAAGUUUAUGAAGUUUUUGAAGAAGGUUGUGCCUUCUUGGUAG